AUGCAGAAAAAGUCUGCUAGCGACCCCAGGGGCGGAAUUAUCAUCAUCAUCAUUUUCGAACCACCUUUUCGGCUUCGGGACAUUGGACCGAAACGAAGACGAAGGCGAAGGGAAAGAGAGGGCAUCGACAACGCAGACGGAACAAGACAGCCUCUCUCUCUCUCUCUCUCUCUCUCUCCGACCCGGGACUCGAACAGCCCCCGACCAGGACAGCCAGCGAUGGUGCAGCCCUCACGGAUAGGAUGCGCGUUUUUCUUUUUGGAAGCAAAGGAGUCAGGUUUGAAUUUUGGGAUAGGAAGGUUCUGCCACUUGUACAUGGUACUUGGACCUUUGGUCAUCGUUUCUGUUUACCUGUACAUGUUUCCGACAGUCACUUUCGUGAUGUCGCGUAGUGUUCCAAGUUUAUGCCUUUUUUUUUUCUUGGUGACACACAAUAUCAACACCAUACUGAUUGGUGACUUUUAUAGUCACGUCUCUUGUGUUUUUCUUGAUUCAUGA